GCACCAGUAGCGGCGGCGGCGGCUGAGACAGGAUCGACCCGGACACAGCUCCACUGUUAGCAGACAACUAUCGCACCCAGGCGGCCUGACAGUCGCUUUAAAUGGACGGAGCCUCCUCAGCACUGGGCGAUGUGAGCGGCUGAGCGAAGCGGCUCGGUGAGGACUGUCACAAAGCCAUGACAGCCAACUUCAGCUGCGGGGAGAGGCGCGCCAUGGCAUCCCAGCCGAGUGUAUACAAUGAAGAAAGGCACCUUCUUCGUCUCCGAGCAUGGAAAUUGAGGAACCAAGAAGCCAGCCAAGCCAAAGAACUCAACCCUGAGAAAGUGCCUCUCUUUGCAGAACCAUAUAAGACAAACAAAGGAGACGAGCUUUCCAAUCGGAUCCAGAGGAUGCUGGGCAGUUACGAAGAUGUGAACAAUCCAUGUCCCCUCACCAUCGAGCCUUCAUCCAUUCCUAGUUAUGUAACUGUCUCGCAGUCAGAUCAGGGUCAGACAUACACAGAUAAAUCAACCAAAGGUCCAUUCCACAACCAGGUCCAUUACAUGCCACCCUUAAACCAGAAAUGCCCCUCUAGCAGCAGUUACUCCUCCCAGCCUAUGACGAUGUCCGCAUCGUCUUCUCCACACGGACAUGGACAUGGACAUUCAUCCACUGUCUUAAAGACUUCCUCGAACCACAGUCAUCCUGGAAAAUCAGGGCAUCAACAGAAGAAGACUGAAGUCUUCUCUGAUGUCAAGGUACACUUUAGCCUUCCCCAGGAAAUGUCUGCUCAGUCUCCUGAUGUUAAGCCGCAAGCGUUCCUACAUUCCAGUAACGACAACAGCACUGACACCAAGGAUACCUUUGAUAGACAUCAGCAUCAGGAGUUCUCAGACCCUCCAUCUGGGUCCACCAGCACCAUGGACUUUACCAUGCUGAACAUUAAGCUGUCUCCUAAGGAUGCAGCUGUGACUCAAGCCACCAAAACAAACGCACUACCCCCUCAAACUUUCCCCCCACUCCUGUCGUCUAAGCAGCCCAGCGUAGUCAUGAACCCCAAGCCAACAGCCUAUGUGCGCCCCAUGGAUGGUCAGGACCAGGUGCUCAGUGAUUCGCCUGAGCUGAAACCUUCUCCACAGCCAUAUGCACCAUUGUUAAUCAGCAAGUCCAAUCUGGGGAAAAUAAAGAUACUGCCACAGUUCUUGGAGACAAGGACAAAUGAAGCUCAGUGUGUUGAGGACAUCUUGAGGGAAAUGACCCACUCAUGGCCUCCUCUUCUGACAGAUAUACCCACAACGAGCAUAGACAAACCCUCCAAAUCCCUGUUCUCAGCCAAGGAAGCAGUGCACGUCUCUUCAUGCCCAGGACAAAAAAGUUGUGUCUCUCCUUCUCCUCCUACAGAUCCACUGCAGCACAACCAGCAGAGCGCCUUAUCCCUCAAAGCUGCGGCACAUUCCAGCGGGGUAGAGUCAGCCAGCUCUAGCGACUCAGAGAGCACCUCAAGAUCAGAGUCGGACAGUGAAAGCACCACAGGAGAGCCCCCAGUGAGCAGCAUAGUUAAAACUGAGCCUGAUGCUCCAGCGGUGAGCCGUGGUGACUGGCAGUUGGGGAACUGGAUCAGAACCAACCAACAGAACUCGAGCACUGACUGUCAAGGUGGUACGCAUGUCUCUGAGAGCCCCUCUCACAAACGACUGUUGCCCACUCAAAGCUCCAAGCACUCCAGCGUAGAAGUGGUCGACCCCACCAGGGAUUCUAAGCCUCAGCUUCCUACUCACAAAAAUGAGCUUGGUGACAACCAUGCAAAACUCCAGCAGUGCAGAGAAAGCCAUCAGGACAACCAUCACCAGCAGAGUAGCAAAAAAUGCCCUUCUGCUGAUUCCAGGAGACCGUCAUGCAAGACGCACUCCUUGAAGCCAGCAAAGGAGGGCCGCCAGGAUCCCAUUGAAGCAGCCGUCAGGGUUAAGUGUGAGGACGUCGUAGCCACAGGAGGCAAAGACCUGGGUUUCACAGACAGGCCCAAGGUAAAGACGAAAACAAGACACUGCAAGAAAAGCAAGGAUGGUGACUCUAAACAUGACAGCAAAAGGACUUCUAAACACAUGUCCCUUGACAAGCGGAAGGUUGGAUCCAAGCCUGAAGUCAAGGUGGUUCUGAAAAGUCUUUGUCAAUCUUGUGGGGUGAAAUAUCCCAACCCUUGCUCCUGCCCCACACAGACUCCUGCUCAGCCUGAAGAGCCAUCUCCCGACCAACCAGUAAAAAUCCCCUGUAGCAAACCCAAGGCAGAGACUAUCUGCCAGAAGGGAAACAAGAGACCUAAAAAAUCAUCCCAAAAACACUCAGAGAAGAGAGCGCAAACAGCCAAUGGUUCUCAGGACCUCCACAGGCCUCCCAUAUCCCUGCUGGUGAGGAUCGAUCUAGGUCUGCUCUCAAGGGUCCCCCAGACAUCCGGCAACGAGCAGAAGAUACCCAGCAACGCAAAGAGACCAGCGCUGGUUGUCGAGCCGGAUGGAGGGGGCGGUGAUGUCUCUAUAACACACAAACCCAGCAAAAGCAGCAAAAAAAGCACAAUUCCAAAUGUUGAGGGAGACAACAAAAAUCUACCAAGGAAGAAAAGGCGGCUGGAAAACAAGAAUACCUCUUCAGCACAUCCUUCUAUCAAAAUGGAAAGCUCCGGCAAUCCAGCUGAGGAUCGGGAGACAAAGAAGGCCAAGAAGAAGCCUGUGUUAACAACACUCAAAGACUCAGCUAAAGACUCAAAGAUACACAAACGCUGCUCUACGGAGACACUGGAGUCCAGUAAGGAGGCUGCAAAGAGCAAGGACUCCGGCAAGCACAAGAAGAGGAGUGAAAAACACACAGAGCGCCUCCACUCUGAAAAGCUAAAGCCUCCAAAGUUCUGCCCCACGGUCCCAUCGUCUUCACAGUCCAACAAGGCAGUUUUGAUCAAUAGGCCCUUGCUCAGGUUUGAGGACAGGCCGUAUCCAGUGAAGCAAUCCAUAAAGGAGGCAAAACGGCUGAAGCACAAAGCAGAUGCAGAGUCAGAUAAGCUCAGUAAAGCUUUCAACUACCUGGAUGCUGUCAUGUUCUUUGUUGAGAGCGGCAUUGCUAUGGAAAAAGAUCCACAGAUUUCUAUGUCUUCCUACACCAUGUUUGAAGAGACAGUCGACCUCCUCAAGUUUAUCCUGAAACUUAAAAACACAGUGGACCCUUCUGCUCCGCCCUCAGAAAAGGACUUUUUAGUUUUAUGUUUGAGGUGCCAGUCUCUCCUGCAGAUGGCCAUGUUUCGCCACAAAUACAAAACUGCACUCAAGUAUUCAAAGACACUGACUGAUCACUUCACUAAUUCUGCUCAGGCAACACAUGAUCCUUCUGUCUUCACAUCAAGUGCUGCAGACACCCCGUCCCCGAUGCCUGACAUCCCGUCUCCUGCCAGCACAUCCACAAGCUCAGGUCCCGGAUCCAACCACAGUGGCAGCGGGUCGAUAGCGGGCCCCCUCAGUGGCAUGGUGGCGGUUCCCCAGGCUAUAGAACAAAUAGCUUUCACCUACGUCAAAAUCACCUCGUUAUUCGUAAGCGCUCAUGACCUCUGGGAGCAGGCGGAGCUGCUGGCAGAUAAAGGCAGCGGUUUGCUGACGUCGCUGGACACGGUUAUGGGCCCACUGAGUCAAACCUCAACUCUGAACACUAUGGUCCGAUAUACACGACAGGGCGUCUACUGGCUGAGGCUGGACAGCCAAAAGGUAAAGUGACCAACAGCCUGCUCCCCCUGCUGGACACCUACACCCCCUGCUGGACACCUACACCCCCCCCCCCCCCCUCCGCCUCCACUUCACUUCAGUGUGCUUCACCGUGAUCCCCACCUCAACUGUCCCUCAGGCGUCUUGUUCCUUUCCUUCACAAGGACGUCGCUUUACAAACACAUGGAUGUCAACUCAUGUUUGUUUUUAAUGCUUACACAACACUGAACAUUGCACUCGCAAUUUAUUCUUUUCUCUAAUGUUCACUUUUGGAGUCUCUUUAUUUCUCUCUGAUUUCAUGUCUCGGAAGGUUUAACUUUCCUCCUUGUUCCUCUGUCAGCUGAUGUUAUGGAAAUGUCAGGGCUUUAUUCAAGAGUUACCUUAACUAGAUCUGGAUUGAAAUCAUCAGAUUAACUCAAAGUGCCAUUUGGUGGUGGUGGAAGCACAUUUGACGACCUGAAUAAUACGAAAAACUAUAGGCACUUAGAUCAUUGUUCAUUUUUUGAUUCAUCACUUCCCAACAAAUUUUGUUUUAUUUCUCUUAAAAAGAGAUUUAAGAGAUUUUCCCUGCUCCAGUCUGAAAGAUUGUUUGAUUUUGGUCACAGGGAGUCUUUCUUUCUCCCACAAAUCUGGAUCCUUUUGUAUGAGACUCAUGAGAAACCUAGUUUGCAUGUCACUUUUCAUCAAGUCAAAUAUUACUGACAAAAAGUUCAUGAAGUUGGUUGCAAAAGCACCAGAGUGUAACUUUAAGUCAGCAUUACGUUAAUUCAUUUCAGCUUGUUCCUUGUUUGCUUCAAAUUGUCAAUAUUUUCAAUGCCGUCACAUUUCUCGUGCAAUAAGAAUAAGUGCAUUGUUAACAAAAAACAAAAAAAAGUGCCAUACUGGUGAUGAGACAUAAGAUGAAAUACAUUCACUGCAUGUAGUUUUGAUUAUGUGCAGAUUAAUGAGACAAAGAUCAAUCUGGACACAGUAAAUUCAAACAGAGCAGAGAAGCUCCUUUUUAAUUUAUGUAAUUUAAGUAAGCAUUGUUGUUUAAGGUCUGACCUCUUUGCUCCUGAAUGAAAUGUGUCUCAUUUGCGUGUCGGAGCGACUGAUGGUAGGAAACCUCAGAGACGUGAGAGACCGGUGACCCGUGUUGCAGAUGCUGUUUCUGGCUGUAGCACUGUCGGUAGUAAUGACUGAGGGUGACUUAUUUGUCCAUCCAAAGUUGAAUUUAUUUUAUUCUCAUCAUCCCGUUACAGAAUUUGCACUUUUGCCCUUUUUUCAGUAAAACAUCUUAAAUGACAGGUUCGUUUUUCUGUGUUUUGUCCUAAAAUCGAUUUUCACAUCUUUCCAUUUGUCCACACUGUCUGUGAACAGAUCCGUUCUAAAGGGGAAGAUAAACUUCAAAGUUAAUCCUAAACUAUUAUGAGGCUUGAGCAGCCUGAGUCCAACAAACCUAGGAGGGCAUUUUGUAAAGUGAGACCUCAUAGACCAGAAAUAAUGAUGGUGUGUCCUCUUUCUCCCAUUUAAAAGAAUGAGAGGCUUCGCAUGGAGUUAAACUUUGGUGAACCUUGACCUACGAUGUACACUUUGCAUUCAUGAAUGUGUGACUGUGUCAUAGGAAGGAUUCUUUAUUCAGUCAGUAUGAACAGAGGGAACCAGUAUUUCACUUCGGUUUACCCAUGGGCAUGUUGGUAUUGUUUAAAUAUAGAAUUUAAAAACAUUGAACUUGGCCUUUUAAGCACAGAUGUGUCUUACAGCAACUCAACUUUCCAGAACCCCCAAAAAACGGAAUCAUGACAUCCCUGACUUUGCGUACACACAGUUGUGGAUUUAAUGGUUUUAAUUGGCUGCGUUUAUCAUGGACGACCACAAUCAUUUAACUGAAAAGAAACUACAUUUGUGUUCCCUUGUUUGUUUUUGCACUAGUAGGCUGCAGCCCUACAUGUUUCCUACACUAAAGUUGAGAAGAAUAAAUGGCCAACUGUAGCUUAUUUAAAAAAAAAAAAAAAAAAUUAACACCUUUUGUGAGUAUUUCUAAUUAAUUAAAUUUGUACAGAAAAACACCACGUUCCCGAGACCGGCAGGACUGUGUUAGUUUUCACUCUCUGUUUGUUGUAUCUUAAUUCUCAGCAAUAAAGUCUGAGCUUCUUUAGCUCAAUAUUUGAAUCAGUGGAUGUCAUGAUCUAGUUGUCGUUGGGUCUUAUUGAUUCACUGGGGGGUAAAUACAAUCAGUAUAAAAUCAACUAUUCGAGAAAGGAAACAUUGGUUUAGCUAAACACAUUCAAAUAUUGAAUUUUUCUUGAAAUUAGCCUCGUAAGGUUGGGAGAUUUAGUUGCCCGACUCAGUUCAUGUGUGUCCAUGUAAUUAUUGGCAAAAAAGGGCUGAGCAAGGACCACAAAGUGUUCCUGGAUUUAUGUUUCUCCUAUUCACGAUUGUUUUUACCAUAUGCCACGGAAGGAGAGAUUAUGUUUACAUACAUAUGAUUACAUAUUGUAUUGAUCUUUACACUGCACAAGAAGUGAAAACGCAAAACCUGGCAUUCGACAUUCAUGACUAGUGCAAUCUUUUUUUCUUUUUUUUUUUUUGAUGUGCCUGGGUCUUGUCUUUCCAACCUGUGGCUUUGUUUUCAUCACCGGGUGUCGGUGCUUCAUUUCUGAAUUUCUCUGAAAACAAGUUUACACUUCUUGUCCAAAUUAUCAUUUACUGGAAAAAUGAUCACAUAGGUUUUUGAAGGAUGCUUUUUUUUUCCUUUUUGUGAAAUAUGUAAAGAAUUUGUGUUGCAGUGUACACAGAUGAAUUAAACACUGGAAAUGAA